GGUGACUCUCUGCUUGACAGAGCCGCUGAAUUGAAGUGAUCCCUGAGACGCUCCCAUCUGACCAUCGGCUCACACAAGAGGCAAACCAAGCCAAGCACCUCCUUCUCCUUCCGUUCGGAAAUCGCCUUUCGGCACAAUUAAUGCGUCACCUGAAUUCUCUGUAGCAGUUGACAAAGCACCGGCAAAAUUUCUAUCCUUGAGGAUCUUGAAUUUGCGGAGGAAGAAAGCAUGGGAGCGGGAGCAAGUGCAGAGGACAAAAAGUCCAAGGAGUUGGAAAAGCAACUCCAAGAGGAUGCCGACAAGGACUCCAAAACGGUCAAGCUAUUACUGCUUGGUGCUGGUGAGUCAGGAAAAAGCACCAUUGUCAAGCAAAUGAAGAUUCUGCAUCAGGGUGGUUACACAAAAGAGGAACAGAUGGAGUUCAGAAGCAUCAUCUAUGGCAACAUCCUGCAGUCUGCUCUGGCUAUCAUCAGAGGCAUGGAGAUGCUGGGCAUUGACUUUGGCUCUCCCAGUGCACAGGAGAAUGCACAGAAACUGCAGAACUUGGCCGACUCCAUUGAGGAAGGCACUAUGCCUACUGAGCUGGCUGACGUCAUCAAGAAGCUGUGGAGUGACUCUGGUGUGCAGGCCGGCUACGACAGAGCCGCUGAGUACCAACUCAACGACUCUGCUGGCUAUUACCUCAACGAAAUGGACAGAAUCUGCAAAUCCGACUACUGCCCCACUGAGCAGGAUGUGCUGCGAUCUCGAGUCAAAACAACUGGUAUCAUUGAAGAACAGUUCUCCUGCAAAGAGUUGCACUUCAGGAUGUUCGAUGUGGGAGGCCAGAGGUCGGAGAGAAAGAAGUGGAUCCAUUGUUUUGAGGGUGUGACCUGCAUCAUCUUUUGCGGCGCCCUCAGUGCAUACGACAUGGUGCUGGUAGAGGAUGACGAAGUGAACCGCAUGCACGAGUCCCUCCAUCUAUUCAACAGUAUCUGCAACCACAGGUUCUUUGCGCUGACUUCUAUUGUUCUUUUCCUCAACAAGAAGGAUCUUUUCGAGGAGAAGAUCAAGAAGGUCCACCUGAGCAUCUGCUUCCCAGACUAUGACGGCCCGAACACGUAUGAUGACGCCAGCCUCUACAUCAAGACGCAGUUUACGGAACUGAACAUGAAGAAGGGCGUGAAAGAAAUCUACUGCCACUUGACUUGUGCCACAGACACAAAGAACGUCGAGAUUGUGUUCAACGCUGUCACAGACAUCAUCAUCAAGGAGAACCUUAAAGACUGUGGUCUUUUCUAAGCAGCGCCACAGUUACACCAGAACUCAAUUUGGCCCCCCCCAUAUUGGCGUUAAGUGUGCUGAUGGACCACGAAGGAUCCACCAAGGUUUAUUGUAUUCAUACCAGCGCCUCCAUGCCAAGCCCGGCUCCAUGACUGCUCCUCUCCUAUCACAUCUCCAACAAUUAAACCUUUCCUGCCACUAAGAGCGCAUCCAGCAGGGUUGAGAGUCACCACUUAAUGGACUUACAAGUUUUUACUGGUUUUCAGUUGCAAAUACUAGUAGCCGCUAGUAUUUGAAGAUUACCUCAUUGCCCCCUUUGACGACUACCCCUGAGCUCCAUUUUACCCAUAAAGAAAAAAAAAAAAGACAAUGAGCACAGAGUUAAUGAUUAAUGUUUUGUGUAGCAUCAUUGCAUCCUUGUUUUUGUUCUUGAGUACAAUAGUUGCUGUGGUCUUGAUAUUUAAACUAUAAAAUGUUGCUGAGCAAAUAUUUCACAUAUGCUUGCAGAACACCCAGAUGACAUUUAAAUAGUGUUGAUGUUUUCAAUCCACCCAACAUUUUAACGUAAAGAAUAUAUUUCUGACGGUCAAAUAUGUUAGACAAUGUUUGUACAUAAGAGUAGUUAAUUAAUUAUAUAUUUUGAAUGAUAAUAAAAUGUAUAUGGUUAUAUAUACACACAUAUAUAAAUAAGAGAGAGAGCGGGGCAAACAGUAGAGAGGGGGUAAUGCUUUAUUAUUAAAAGGGAAUGAAAAUCUCCAGUUUGUCCUUUCUUAUGAAACGUAGAGGCAUGAAUUAAAGCUGCAUUGACUUCA